ACUUGUUUUUGUUGAAGCUUUAUUCCUGAUGAAGGGCUUUUGCCCGAAACGUCGAUUUUACUGCUCCUUGGAUGCUGCCUGAACUGCUGUGCUCUUCCAGCACCACUGAUCCAGAAUCUGGUUUCCAGCAUCUGCAGUCAUUGUUUUUUCCUUGUUUUUGUUGAAGAUGUUCAUUGCUUGGCAGUGUGAAUGUUACUCUCUACUUCUUAGCCCAAGCUUGAAUAUUACCCAGGUUUUGCUACAUCUUGACUGGGCCAACUUCAAUACCUGAGGAGAUGUAAAUGGUGCUGAACAUUAUUCAAUCAUUUAACAAACAUUCUGACUUCUGACCUUCACGAUCAAGGGGAAGUGGUUAAUGAAGCAGCUGAAUAUAGUGGGCCUACGAUACUACCUUGAUAGACUCCUGCAUUGUUGUUCUCGGGCUGAAAUGAUUGACCUGCAACAACAACAGCUACCUUUUUUAUUUUGGGUAUGAUUCCCAAUUAGUGGAGAUUCCGCCCCCCGAUCACACUGACUCCGGUUUUGCUAGCACUCUGUGAUGCCAUAUUCAUUAAUCAAUGCUGUGGCUGCUGGGGUGUUUUCCUAUGUACAUGCCCAAAUCUCUGUGCUUGCGGCCAUCUGAUCCCACUGCUGUUGGAAUCAUGGAACAAUCCAGCUUUUUUAGAAAAUACAGCACAUCAAAGUCAACUGUGGAAUCUGAUGAAUUGGAGAAGUUUCAGGCUUUAUCACAAAAAUGGUGGGAUCGAAAUGGAGAAUUUGCAGCUCUACAUGCUUUGAAUGACCUCCGUGUUCCUUUUAUUCGAGACACAUUGUUGACACAUAGUGAAAGACAGCAAUUAGGACGUCCCCUUUGUGGCUUUCGAAUUUUAGAUGUUGGUUGUGGAGGAGGACUGCUGAGUGAGCCUCUUGGUAGACUUGGAGCGAUGGUCACAGGAAUUGACCCUUUGGAAGAUAACAUCCGACUAGCGGAAGUACACAAGUCAUUUGAUCCAGUCCUGAAAGAACUGAUUCAGUAUUCAGCCUGCUGUCUCGAGGAAAUGGCAAUGGAGUCACCUGGAAGGUUUGAUGCUGUUAUAGCCUCUGAGGUUGUGGAACAUGUCGGUGAUGUGGAAACUUUUAUCGGAUGUGCUGCCCAGGUUUUAAAGCCUGGAGGAUCACUUUUUAUAACAACCAUUAAUAAGACAUUCCUGUCCUACGCAUUGGCAAUUGUAGCAGCUGAGAAGAUAUUCAGAAUUGUACCAAAUGGGACUCAUGAUUGGGAAAAGUUCAUCAGUCCUAAUAAAUUGGAGACUCAUCUAAUUUCUAGUGGGUUCACAGUAGAGACUAUCAAUGGAAUGCUGUAUAAUCCUCUGUUUGAUUCCUGGAGUUGGAUUAUUAAUACUAGCGUAAACUAUGCACUGCAUGCAGUAAAAAAGAAAAUUGAAGAGAAAUCUGAUUUCAUGUCAGAAGGAAGUGACAGGAAAGACAAUGGCUGUGAUCAAUCAGAAUCCAAUGUUGGUUCUACAGUCCAGUCGUAGGAGAAUGAGCUAUUUGGUCUAGCACUGCUGCAAAAUGCUGCUUUACUAAUUUAAACUGUCUGAUAUGGUUGAUUAUCCUUGAUGGAACAUUUGCUACAUCAAGGUUUUUGCAUUUGGACAACAAAAUUAUAAUCAAUGAACAACCAUUUUUAAAUAGUGUGCUGACUGAUAAUUUCAUUGUAAUUAAAAUGGAGUUGAUUUCAAAAA